AUGCAGUCCCUCAACAGACAAGAGACUACUGUCUCUGACGACAAGCGCAUCUCCGACCCAGAGCUGGCGGUAGGCCAAACAGAUGCGCUCGGCUACACCACCGACGCCCAGGAUGUCAAGACGGCAUCUGGAUCUCAGACGCAGCUGCGAGCCAACAUCGACGAGGGCAUGGACCCUUGGGAGGUCAAGAGGACAAUGCGCAGGGUCGAUUGGAGGCUCGUGCCCAUCCUCGCAGCCCUGUACUCCAUCUCCCUUAUCGACCGUACCAACAUCUCCCUUGCUCGUGCAGCAGGUAUGGGAAGGACCCUCAACCUGAACAUUCCAGGAACAAACUACUAUUCCAUCGCCGUCCUCAUCUUCUUUGUUCCUUACAUCCUCUUUGAGCUCCCUUCCAACCUCGGAAUGAGGCGAUGGGGCGCUGCCAAGUGGCUCGGCGGCGCCACCAUCCUCUGGGGUAUCGUCAUGCUCGCCAUGGGCUUCGUAGAGACCUGGCAACAACUCGCUGCAUGCCGUGCUCUGCUCGGUAUCUUUGAAGCUGCAUUGUUCCCUGGUGCCGUUUACUUGGUGAGUGCUGUGCGGCCGUCACCAUAUCGAAGACUUGUUGACUGAUCGAUUCACAUCGCCUGUUUUCUCGCAGCUUUCUUCCUGGUACCCGAGAGCUGAAGUGCAACGAAGAAUGUCCAUCUUCUACUCCCUCUCCAUCCUCGCUUCCGGCCUCUCCGCUAUCCUCGCUUACGGUCUUGGUUUGAUUCGCAUGUACAAGAACCAAGGAUGGAGGAGCAUCUUCAUCAUCGAAGGCAUCAUCACCGUUGUCCUCGGAAUCGUCGGUGUGCUAGCUAUCGUCGACUUCCCUGGACCCAAGGCCAAGUUCUUGAGCGAAGAGCAACGCGCGAUCGUCAAGACGCGCAUUGAGCGAGACCGUGCCGACUUCGUCCAGGACAGCAUGACCUUUUCAAAGCUGAUGCGCUUCUCUCUCGAUCUGAAGAUCUGGGCCACUGCUAUUCAAUUCUUUGGCGCGACUCUUGCAAGCUACUCUCUCAGCUACUUUUUGCCCAGAAUUUUGGCCGGCAUGGGUUUCGACGUUGCCCUCAGCCAGCUCCUCGUCGCUCCUCCUUAUGUCUGGGCGCUGGUUCCCGUCAUCGGAUCCGCCUUCAUCUCGGACCGCUUCCAAGUCAGGACACCCCUGAUCGCCUUCAACGCCAUCUGCACCAUCAUCGGCACCAGCGUUUACUCGUACGCGACCGGUACUGGACCUAGGUACUUUGGCGUCUGCCUUGCCGUCGGUGGCUGCAACAGCGUCGUUCCCCUCGUCAUUGGAUACUCUCAAAUCAACAUUCGAGGAUCGGCCAAGCGUGCCUUCACCAGCGCCAUCGUCGUCGCAUUUGGAGGUAUCGGUGGUAUUGCUGCAGGCCUAUCAUUCACCGAGAGAGCCGCUCCUCACUACACUCAGGGUAUCCACUUGACCCUCGCUAUGAACGCCAUCACUGUCGGAAUCUGCGUCCUUCAGCACAUCAUCUUCAGAGUGCAGAACAAGCGCGCCAACGAUGGAAAGGCCGUUCUCGAAGGCCACCAAGAUUUCAGAUACCAGCUCUAA